AUGGCAGUCCUCUUUCUUUUUGCUUGGCUCUUCGCGGCACCCGCCUUUGCAAAACCGCAACUUGCGUAUGGGGCUCAGGGCGUUUUCAAGAUCGUCCAAUUCACAGACCUCCAUUUUGGGGAAAGCCCGGCGCUGGAUGCCCAGUCAGUGCAACUGAUGAGAAGCAUCCUCAGCUCAAACGAUAUAGAUUUUGCAGUGUUGUCUGGCGACAUGGUGUCCGGCUAUGCAUAUCCACGAGGAACGAAGCCAACAGGGUGGUAUGCAGCCAGGUGGAAACAAUUAAUUGCCCCUCUUCAUGAGCAUCAGGUGAAAUAUGCUAUGAUCUUGGGGAACCAUGAUGAUGAGGCGGAUCUUACUCGGCGAGAGAUUGUUGAGCUUGACAUGGCCACUGGAGCGAAUCUUUCCUACACAUGCCAAGGACCCACCAUGAUCACUGGGGCAACGAAUUAUUGGCUGGACAUCGCUGAUAAUGACCACUCAGAUGUGUCUGCUGGGAGACUAUGGUUUUUUGAUUCCAUGGACAUGGGAUGCAAGGGCAAAGAUUAUAGCUGGGGUUGUGUGGGUGCUGACACAGUUAGCUGGUUUUCGGACGAGGGAAGCAAGCUGCCCCACGUCCCUGGACUUGCGUUUGUCCAUAUUCCUCUGUGUGAACACCUAUCCGCCUGGCGAUAUGGGACUGUUGUUGGUUCCAAGUUUGAGCCCGUGUGUUGCCCACGAUUUAACACGGGCUUGUUUCUGAAAUUGAGGGAGCAAGGAGUCACAUCAUUGUACAGUGGACAUGACCAUGACAACAGCUAUUCUGCGCUUCACAUGGGAGUCAGGUUGGCUUAUGGACAGAAAUCUGGAUAUGGCAGCUAUGGCCCCGCAAGGUCUGUGCCAGGCGCAAGGAUUAUUGUGAUGAAGAAGGGAGAGCAGACAUCGCUCGCUGAAACAUGGAUCGCAUUUCCGAAUGGUGCCCCUUACAAACAAACCACGAAGCAGUCAAGCAUAUCAGCUUUUCAGCUGAGGUGCGCCGCAGGGCCACAUCUGCCGCGAAGGGUCUUCAGCUCACAAGCGCUCCAUCGGGAACGUUCGUGGCUGGAACAAUGGUCGGGCCCCUAUCCGCAGCUGCUUUCCAGCGGGGUUGUGCUGCUGGCGUGUGGCGCCAUGAUCAUCCUGCGCUCAAGAAGGACCCGGAGAGAUCGUUCCACAGCACGGCCAGUGGGAAGAUUUCGCGGGGAGUAG